AAGACUUUGUCAGUAUCCUAACACUGACAGGAUAUUGUUCUACUUGUUAUUUCAGGCUGAUGGAAAACUACACGUACAACAGCUUCAUACUUCAGAUAGAAGGGUUAAAGGUCUCAAAGGAUUCCAUGUACCCUGUUUUUUUCUUUUUACUCAUUGCCUACAUUGUUACAAUGGCUCUGAAUAUAGGCAUUUCUAUUAUAAUUUUGAUGGACAAGAACCUUCACCAGCCUAUGUAUGUCAUUUUCUGCAACCUGUCAGUCAGUGACAUGAUUGGUAGUACUAAUAUUGUGCCCCGUUUGCUUGCGGAUAUUUUAGUGCCUCCAUCUCAGCGUCUCAUCACUUAUUAUGAAUGUGUGGUCCAAGCUUUCAUCACACACCUGUUUGGUACAACUUCCCAAACUGUGCUCAUGAUUAUGGCCUAUGACAGAUACGUGGCCAUUUGCAAUCCACUGCACUAUGCUUCCAUAAUGACCACCAAAAUGGUGAUUAAGCUGACAGUUGCUGCUUGGGGAGUGGCCUUCGUUUUGGUGGGGAUUCUGCUCGGUCUGACCAUACGUCUCAACCGAUGCAGGACUGUGAUCAUGAAUCCAUACUGUGACAAUGCUUCCCUGUUUAAGCUCUCCUGUGAGAGUGUGUUGAUCAAUAACGUCUAUGGUCUCACUUUCACUGUAGUGUUGAAAGUCGCCUCUAUAGGCAGCACAAUUCUCACAUAUGCUAAGAUAACAAUGGUCUGUGUGAGUGGUAAAAACAAGUCUUUGAACAAGAAAGCCUUGAAGACUUGCAGCACUCACUUGGUUGUGUAUCUGAUCAUGUUGCUCAGUGGAUUUAUUGGCAUUAUUCUGCAUCGUUUCCCUCAAUACACAGACUAUAGAAAACUUGCCGCUGUUCUGUUUGUGAUUGUCCCUGGCAGCCUUAACACCAUUAUUUAUGGGGUGCAGUCUAAAGAGAUAAGAAAAUUCUUACAUGAAGUGUUUCAUAGGAAAAACUGCUUCGCAUUGUGUAAAAUAUAAAAGCCUACUUUGUCAAUAUGUAAAUAAAUGUCUGUAGAUGAACGAUUGCACAGGAUUCCAUUGAUUACAGCAGCAAACAGGAGAGGGUGCAAAGCAUGCAAGCUUAAAGGGAAGGAUGAGCAUUCAGAAAGAAUAAAUACACAGGAAACAAGUACCUGCAGCUGUACACAGUACA